AUGAGCCCGUGGCGUGGUCGGCAGGGCGAGCGUGCAGCCGCGUACGGAGCCACCACGGCGAGCAUCUCCGGCCCCCCAGCUGGCCCCGGCUCCGGAGGCGACGCGCGGGGUCCCGCGACCCCGGAACAGGAGCGGGGCAGGCUCCGGCUGCGCCCCUGCGCUGCCGGGCGCAGUGCCGGCGAGCUGGCAGCGGGCGGAGGGCAGCUGGCCGCCCUUGUUUAUCGCGUUCCGGCGGUGUUGCACGCCCAGCCGCUGCUGUGCUGCACGGCCGGCCCCGGGGAGGCAGGAAGGGAGAGGUGGAGGGAGUGGGAGCGGAGCCUCCCGAUCGCGAAGCGGCAAGACGGCCGUGUGCCGGAGGGUUUCGAACGAUGCCCGCGGGACUCCCGCCCCGGGGCUCGGCGGUGCCGGCCCCUCUGGCCGCACCGCGGGGGCGCCGCGCUCCCGCUCUCGCGGCGCGUUCCGGGCUCGGUGCCGAGCCCUCCCGGCUGCCGCGCAUCAGCCUCCCCGCUGCCUCCCGCCGCCGCCUCGCUCACUCGCGGCUCUGCAGGCAGCAGGGCAGAGCUGCUCCCGCUGUCUCCCCAGUGGCCCCAGCGGCCUCUGACUGGCCUGCUGCAACCUGGGCACCGCACCGGGGGCUGCUCCUCGCUCACUCAGGGGCUCCGAGGAGGCCCGGAGAGACGGGAGGCUGCAGACCAUGCUCCCGCGGGGAGGGAAUCGAGGCCUGCCCCGGGAACAGGAUGCGGAGGCCGCGGGGCCCCGAUCGGGGUGCUGGGGCACGGCUGCGGUGCCCGACGGCAGGGAGACCUCGGGGGCCCCGAGAAGUGCGAACCCCCCGGUUCCGCGGCCAAGCCGUGCCCGGGUCCCCGGGGGCUGCCGCCGCUGUGGAAGUGGUGCCGCUGGGGAUCAGCUCCUUACUCCCAACCCGGCGACAUCUGCGGCGCCGAGCCAGCACGUCGCCUCCCCGGCGGCUGGCGGGUGGCUCCCGGCCCGGCGGCUCGCACCGCCACCAGCGAGCGGGGAUAA